AUGAUGCCCCAGUCCGGAAACCUAGAUGGCCAGCCUCAAGGCCCCAAUGCAAACUCCUCGCUGAUGGGAUUUUUACAGUCGCCAGGAACACUCCUCCAAGGCUACGAUCAAGUUCCAGGGGACAUGAUGUCGUCGGGACUCUCCAAUUCAGUAGCCGGCAUUUUCAGUCGGGAAAAUUUGCGGUCUCCCGCCGUCGUGUUGGGAUCGGGAGAAGAUCAGGCAUUUAGUCUCGUCUUGUCGCCGCCGUCGCUCUUGGAACGCAUUCGACACAAUAUUGGAUUCUAUUAUUUGAAUUAUCUCUUCUUGACGGCCGCCAUUUUUCUCCUCAAUGUCUUUUUCAGUCCGGGAUCUUGGAUGGCCAUGCUUUUUUUGGCUGUGCUUUGGGUCGGAAUGGUCAAUACCAUUACGGACGAACGACUCUUGAAAAUUGGAUCCAUUUCCCUGUGCAUCUUUAGCGCCUUGGUACUGUGGUGGGCCUUGCCCAUCAAAUGGACGUUCUACUUGAGUGGAUUCUUGAUUGUGGCGCAUGUAUUGUUUCGGGAUGCAUCUUCCAUGCAGAUGCAAGGAUAUCAGGAUCCCAUGGCAGGGAUCCCGCACAAUGCUGGAUUCUAUCAGGGGCCACAGCUGGUGGGGGCAUAAUUGAAAAAAGAAUACAACGAAACAACUACAUCCACGCAAUCACACAUCACAACAACAAUCUACUAGUACAAUCAUUUGCAAGCAACACAGUUUAAUAAAAAGGCAUCGUCCAGCAGAAUGCAUCCACAAUUUCAUUUCAUUGUUUCGUGGUGUGGUUUCGUGGUGUGGCCUGGGUUGGAUGGAAUCGAAUCAUUAUCCUGACAAUUAACCACCACGAUAGCAACGGAACCGGUGCAGUCAGCGUACCGGUACGGAGUAACGGGCAAUAGACAGCGUUCCAUGUUUUCCUUGUGCCCUUUCUUUUCGUCUUUUGCGACUCACGGGUAACUUUAAAGUACUCGAUUGGAUAGCUGAUUUCGGGGCAGUCCUUCAGCCUCCUGGGUAACGUUUUUAGUUGGUUGGCUUCCUUUCCUCGGGAAUCCAUCUCUAGUAGAGCUAGACUAGAUAGCUUGUUCUUUUUCGAAUUUCCCCCUCCUAUUGCCAAGAGCAAGCCUCUGCCCGGGGGUGGAGCUUGGGUGAAUGUGGGA